AUCAGAAAAUUAAUUAUUAUAAUAUUUUAUGUUCUACCCGAUACCACUCAUUAACCUGUGAUUAGGUUUUGUGAUGUGUAUAAAUGAGACUACAUCAAGAAAAACACCACAACCACAAUCCGUUUGCAGCUUUGAUAGAAUUGUACAACACUUUGUUACACUGUCUAAAUACCCAGAACAAAACCUUGAAGAAGAAAACGAAAACCAUGGUACUAGUGGCUGCUCCUCUCCAUAGACCCCACGUGGCAGUCCUUUCAAGUCCCGGGAUGGGCCACAUCAUCCCUUUACUCGAGCUCGCCAAGCGCCUAGCCGCUGAUCAUGGCUGCCACGUCAGCUUUCUCAAUAUCACCGCCGAAGCCUCCGCCGCACAGACUAAGCUCCUCAGCUCUCCUGACUUCCCUCCCAACCUCCACGUCAUCGACCUCCCUGAUGUUGACGUCUCCACACUCGUCUCAUCCGACAGCCUCAUCGUCACCCGACUUUCCGUCAUCGUACAAGAAAGCCUCCGAUGUCUGAAGUCCGUACUUCUCGACCUCGGAAAACCUGAUGUUGUCGUCAUUGACCUCUUCUGCACCCAAGCUUUCGAGGUUUGUGAAGAGCUAUCCAUUCCUGUGUAUUCCUUUUAUACCGCUCCUGCUGCUCUAUUUUCUUUGUCUCUGUAUCUUCUCACUUUAGAUAAAGAAGUUGACUGUGAGUUCGUUGACCUUCCUGAACCAAUUCGGGUCCCGGGUUGCUCUCCGAUCCGAACUGAAGACCUCCUUGACCAAGUUCGGAACAGGAAAAGCGAAGAAUGCAAGUGGUAUCUUCUCCACACCAGUAGGCUUCCGUUGGCGGCCGGUGUUCUCAUGAACACGUGGGAAGAUCUUGAACCCUCAACGCUUAAAGCCAUUAGAGAAGACCCUUAUUACAACAAAAUCUCCACACCACCGAUUCACCCAGUAGGACCACUAAUCAGAGAGACUGAGCCCAUAACUGAGUCUGGCGUUGAGUGCUUGGCGUGGCUCGAUAACCAACCAUCAGACUCCGUCGUCUUCGUGGCACUUGGCAGCGGUGGGACCCUCUCUGCAGCACAACUCACCGAGAUUGCAUGGGGUCUAGAACUUAGUGGACAACGGUUCGUCUGGGUGGUCCGAACGCCCACAGAGUUCGAUGCGUCGGCCACAUUUUUUAACGUGGGUGGUGAUAUUAACGACCCGAAGUCGUUUUUACCUGUUGGGUUCUUGGAGAGAACCAAAAAAGUGGGCUAUGUGGUCGCGUCGUGGGCUCCGCAGGUGGCGGUGUUGCGACACCGGUCGACCGGCGCGUUUUUAUCACACUGCGGGUGGAACUCGACUAUGGAGAGCAUGAGACACGGCGUACCGAUGAUUGCUUGGCCGCUUUACGCCGAGCAGAAAAUGAACGCCACAGCUCUGGUGGAGGAUGUUGGCGUGGCCGUGAGACCAGCUGAGGACCCCGGAAAGGGAAUAGUUACGAGGGAGGAGAUUAAGAGGGUUGUGAGUUUGGUGAUUGGAGGUGAAGAAGGCAAGUUGCUGAGACUCAGAGCUGGAAAACUUAAAGAAAGUGCAGAGAAAGUAUUGAGCGACAAUGGCGGAUCUUCUUACGAUUCGCUAACUCGCAUAACGAAUGAUUGGAUGGUUUCACGAAUAUCAAGUCAAAAUUUCAAAUAAUUUAGUGGCCAAAAGAUGCACGCAAUAAUGACUUGAUUAAGUGAAAAUUAUACUAUAUAGAGUUUUUUAUUGUUAUUUUUAUAUUGGUUUGGAAGUGAAUGUUUCACUGUUACAAGAAGGGUAUUUAGGGUUAAGAUUACACACCCUCUACGGCAUUGCCAUAAAAAAUUAACGUUUUAAGGGGGCAUGUUGUAUGCCCUUAAAUAAUGUUUUUAGGAUCCACAAUGCACAUCUUUAAAGAUCGCAUUGAGUGCAUUUCAAUAAAAAAUUUAGGACGCAUGUCGUGAGUCCUAAAAGAAUGUUUUUUAGGCGCGCAAUGCGCUUUCUUAAAAAACCUGUUGAGUACCCUUAAAAAUAAUAAACAAGUAGGUGUUCAAUAUUAUUAGGACACGCAUCGAAUGCC